GGGCUUUGCGUGUUAAAUGACAGAUUCACGCAGCUGUGUGAAUAUAUACUAAGUUUUUAUUGUUCAGGUAAAAGUCUGUCUGUCUGUCUGGUGUGGAGUCAGGUCAGGGUACCGUCUCCAGCAUGCCUCGCUCUGAUUGGCUGAGAGCAGGACCAGCUCGGAGUGGAGGCAAAGGAUGCCACAGACUCCGACAGAGCGCGCGCGGAUGCGGGCAGGGCGCGCCAGACAGACGCUCUCAGGCUGAUGCUUCGCGGCGGUUGUCGCCUCCAAAACUUUAAGCCCGCACUUUUUCACGUCCGUGGACUCAUCUGCAUGCGAGGUGAGUGUGAUGCUUUGGCUGCGCGUCGUAAACCCCCCCUCCUCUCCACCGGCGACGCAUCCUCUCCGGAGUGAUGGGCUCUAAGUUAACUCGGCAGAGAAGUCUGGAUUUUGAGAGCAAACUGACUAAAAGGAGACGCCAGAGGAAUGAUCUUCCAGGGGAGAGCGAGAGGAGCGCCGGCAGGACCGGCGGAGACUUCAUGUUUACUUCCCUCAUGAUCCGCUCCGACAAGCUGCCGGGGAUGCUGCGCAGAGCCAACCAGAGCCCGUAUGUCAGGCGGGUGGCAUGGGUCCGAGAGAUCCAGAGGCUGCUCAGGGAGCAGAAGAUGGAGCAAGCAGGAGAAGUGCUGAAGCUGCUGAGAAAGGAUUUGGGACUUCAAGGGUCGUCACUCAAUGACAUUCUAUACAAAAAUGCUGCUUUUCUCAACCUGGUGGACCCGAUCUCUCACGAGCUGCUGGUUCGUCUUGCUCGAGACCUGCAAUGUCCAAAAAAGGAGGCGGACUCGCUCAAGUCCACCAACAAGAUAUGCCGCCAACUGAUUUAUCACUUGUCUCCCCACUCCAAGUGGAUGAGACAGGGCGUGCCCAGGAGGAAGACUCAGGCCUGUCUGAAGACCACCCUGAAGAAGAAACUGACAGGUGACGUGAUCAAUCUGUCAGGAAUCCCGCUGUCUGGGAGAGACGUCCACCGUGUGGCCUUCUAUCUGCAGAACGGCGGUGACGCGGUGUCAGCCGUGGACCUGAGCUUCACUGAGAUGCAGGAUGAGAGCUUACGGCUGCUGCUGCCCUACCUGAGCUGCCUGCCCAAGCUGACCACGCUCGCCGUCAACGGUAACCGCCUGACGUCCGCCAUCCUGAAAGACCUGACAGAGGCGGUGAAAGACACUAAGAUGUUCCCCAGCCUGGCAUGGAUCGACCUGGGGAACAACGUGGACGUCUUCACCAUCCCGCAGCCGCUCCUCGUGGCCCUGCGGCGCCGCUUCGGUUUACGCAGCAGCCUGCCCACCAUUUAUGAAUACAGGGAGGCGCAGGCGUUCGGGAGCUACAACCCAAACAUGGAGACAUCAGUGGAGGAGCCCAGUCAGUAUGAGGAGGCAGAGGAAGACGACAGGGAGGAGGAAGACAGGCUGGAGCUUCAAGCUUGGGGCUUCGGAGAAGAAAACAUGUCAAAAAAUGUGCCGCUCCACUUCUGUGGGAGUUGAUUUCUCUGCGGAUGGAACAUCUUAUCUCCUCAAACCCAACCAGCUUUUCGGCAUCAGAGUAGCCGACGGUGUUGACACUGACCCUGGAACUCAAAUCCGAACGUAGAAUCUCCCUAUGAAUGCUGUGAUUUUACAGGCAGAUCUGCCGCUGAACCUUCAGUGUAAAAGAAGACAUGACCUCUACUGACCCAGGGAUUUUAACUAAGCUUACUAUUUUCCAGUGUUUCUCUGCCUCAGCUUAUGUGUUUUCUCAUGUCCUGCUAGAGAAAAUGGGGGGUAAGUGCCUUGCACAAGGGCACGUCAGUAGAUGAGAAGAGGUUGAAUGUUUCAAGGCGGUCCAAAAGUUUUCAGACACUUUAAAGUUGUUGUUUAGUUUAAGAUUCAUCAUAAAAAAUUGUUUUUUAAUCCAUAAUUAAGAAUAUAUAUAUAUUUUUUAAACAACAAAAUGCAACCUCUGCUCCCACCAGAAAAAUUAAACCAUAAAUCACCAAAUCAACCAACCGGAUGAAACGAGACUGAAUUAAAUGGCUGCAGGUCAUCUCAUUAAGAGGAUUUAAACGGCAUCAUUUUAUGGUAUUAUGCAAAGAGGGAGGAGCUAGCUUUGAAAAACUUUAAACAAAGCAUGAAAAUUAAUUUUAUGAAAGUUUUUUUUUUAAAUACACUUUGCUUUUAUUUUUAGAGCUAAGGAUCUUGGGAGUUGGAGUUCAUAUCUGCUGUGAUCUGGAAGAGGACAGCUCACAAUCUGUUUUUUUUAGCUAAAAUUAGCAUAUUUAAAAAAUCAAACUUUUUUGAUCCUACAAGAUCACUCAGUAAGUAAGUAAGUACAUUUUUAUUUAUAUAGAAACUCACAAAGUGCUUCACAAAAGGUAAAAUAUAAGAUAAAUCAAUAAAACUUUUUAGUUAAUUAGAGAAAAAUAAUAAAUUAUUGCUGACAGAUAGCAACUAAAAAGAAGGGGAAGGUAAAGUAAAAUUACAAUAUCAGCUAAAAACUUUCCUAAAAAGAAGUCUUAAGGAGAUUAUGUCACCAACAGUGGAUUAAUGCCCUUAAAAUAGGGUAAAUAUACCUAGUUUUCUUUGUUGGAAGUUGUGUAAACUACUAGCAGAAAAUAAUUAUUUUAUGAAAAAGGAAAGAACGGAUCUAUAAAACUGCCAUGAGGCUCUUGUUACUGAUGGUUUUGUACGUUUUUUUUCCAUUAUAAUCUGUUUUAUUCAUGUUUUUCUGCAUUGUUUUUCCCGCCACGUUAAUUUCAGAUUUUUUAAAAGAAAAUGAACAGCCUGAGAACAUGAUGUGUUGACUCAACAUGUUUAGUUUCUAUCUGCUAUAUUGAAUCAUUUGUUGCACAUUUUUAAAAUACUGAAGAAUCCGUUUACUGAUAAUUAAUUGGAGGAAAAGUGUGCACUGAUGCACACAUGCAGAUCUCCCUCCCUCAGAGUGUUUGGGUGUGAGCCACCCAUGACCUGAUUACUGCCUCUAUCAGGCCUCAUUAUCCCCCCCCCUCAUAUGUUCUCUGCAAACAGGACUGACCCUGGAUCAUUUUGUCCAAUGAUUUCCUAAAACUGCUUCUAUUUCAGACUACAACCCACAUUUUUAGGGUUUGCAAACAUUUUUGGACUUAAUGGUUGAAUAAAAAAAACUGCUUUUUUGUUUCCUCUUCUCUGCUGUACAUAAAAGUCCUUCUGUUGUGGCAUGAAUUUAUCAAAGCACCUUCUGUUUCUAGAUUUAGUUUAGGUUUGAGUAAAUGUUUCUCGUUGCUUCACAAAUGAAGAAGAGAAAGUGUG